AGCGCGUACACAUCAUUCACAAUGACCGAGGCGGAGAAUCAAGCCUGCGGACUCCAGCGAUGGUGGAGGAGGAAUACGAGCAAACACUAACAGCACAGCCGCACGGACAGACUCAGACGACAACAAAGAUGUUUGGAGUAAAAAGCAGCGUCGAUUUAUCCUCCCUUUCAGCGACAGAGAGCAAAGGAGGAGAGUUUAGUUCGUCUUCAUUCAUCGGCGGAGUUUCAAUGAAAAGUCUACAAGCUGUCAAACUGCGCGGAGUCUGACUGUAAACAACAGUCGGAGUGUUCCCGAUACCUAAAGACACGCUUUAUUUAGCGUUUAUUAUAGGCUACAGUAGUUUUUCGCAGACCGCUCAGGAUGCAGGUGAAAAAACAGAGGAGCUCCGAGGACCCUCAGCGGGAUGAUAUAAAGAAAAAGCCCUCGUGUUUCUCGAAUAUUAAGAUAUUUUUAGUAGCCGAGUGUGCUCUGAUGUUGGCACAGGGCACAGUGGGGGCAUACUUGGUUAGCGUGUUGACCACGUUGGAGCGGCGCUUCAAUCUUCAGAGCGCUGAUGUCGGUGUCAUCGCCAGCAGCUUUGAGAUUGGCAACCUGGCCCUCAUUCUCUUCGUUAGUUAUUUUGGUGCUAAAGCCCACCGUCCCCGUUUAAUUGGCUGCGGAGGCAUUGUCAUGGCUUUGGGAGCCUUGCUUUCUGCAUUACCAGAAUUCCUCGCCAGUCAAUACAAGAUCACAGACACUUGGAGCAAAGAUCAGGGCCGAGAUGUUUGCUCCAACACCUCCAAAGCUGAUGAACCAUGUGGAAGCAGAGCAAACACCAACAUGAUGUACCUGCUUCUGAUUGGAGCACAGGUGCUGCUGGGAAUCGGUGCAACACCCGUUCAGCCCCUGGGUGUUUCCUACAUAGACGAUCACGUGCGGAAGAAAGAUUCUUCUCUCUAUAUAGGUAUCCUCUUUUCCACAUUGGUGUUUGGACCUGCAUGUGGUUUCAUCCUGGGAUCCGUCUGUACCAACUUUUAUGUGGAUGCUUUGUUCAUUGACACAACUCAGCUCAACAUCACUCCCGAUGACCCGCGCUGGAUUGGUGCAUGGUGGGGCGGAUUCCUCAUCUGCGGUGCCUUACUCUUCUUCUCGGCCCUCUUCAUGUUUGGUUUCCCUCAAUCUCUGCCCAGCAAGGAGAUGGAGGGAGUGCUUGAAAGUGAACAGGCCAUGCUGCCCACGUCUUUAUCGCAGGAUUUUGAGAAAUCCAAGCCCAGCAAUGGAGUCAUGCAGAACUACCAGCCCAACAGCAACAGUCUGUCCUGCUGCCAGCAGCUUAGAGUUAUUCCCAAGGUGACCAAGCACCUGCUGUCAAACCCAGUGUUCACUUGUAUCGUCUUGGCUGCCUGUAUGGAGAUUGCGGUUGUUGCUGGCUUUGCUGCUUUCCUGGGCAAAUACCUGGAGCAGCAGUUCAACCUUACCACCUCUUCUGCUAACCAGCUGCUGGGCAUGACUGCGAUCCCGUGUGCCUGUCUGGGCAUAUUUCUGGGAGGUUUGCUGGUGAAGAAGCUGAAUCUGUCUGCUCUGGGAGCCAUUCGGAUGGCCAUGCUGGUCAAUCUGAUCUCCACCGCCUGCUAUGUGUCUUUCCUCUUCCUGGGCUGUGACACGGGUCCUGUCGCCGGGGUGACCGUCGCCUAUGGCAACGAGACACUGCAAGUGGGCCAGACACCGGAAGCCCCCUGCAUGAGUCAUUGUAACUGCUACACUUCAUCCGUCAGCCCGGUUUGUGGCUCCAACGGUGUGACCUACUUGUCCUCGUGUUUCGCCGGCUGCACCAGAGCCAUCAGUACCGGACUACCAGCUCCGCUCUCUCAGAACCUGUCAGGAUGUGCAUGUAUUUCCGGAUACAAUGACUUUGCCACAGCUGUGCCAGGCAAAUGCCCGCGGCCAGGCUGCCAGGAGGCCUUUCUCACCUUCCUGUGUGUGAUCUGUGGCUGCAGUAUGAUCGGGGCAAUGGCCCAAACCCCCUCUGUCAUCAUCCUCAUCAGAACUGUCAGCCCAGAGCUGAAGUCAUACGCCCUUGGAGUUCUUUUUCUGUUGCUGCGACUCUUAGGGUUCAUUCCCCCUCCUUUGAUAUUUGGUGCUGGGAUCGACUCCACAUGUCUUUUCUGGAGCGCUGAAUGCGGGGUCAAAGGUGCCUGUCUGCUGUACGACAACGUGACCUACCGGCACCUGUACAUCAGCAUGGCCAUCGUUCUCAAAAUCAUGGCGUUCCUCCUCUACACCACCACCUGGCAUUGCCUGCGCAGAAACUACAAGAAAUACAUCAAAAACAUUGAGGGCUACCUCACCCCCACUGAAGUGUUCUCGUCCAGCAUGAACCUGGACAGUCUCGGAAAGGACAGCAGUCAAAGUCAAGUCAACAGGACUAAAUUUAUAUACAACCUGGAGGAUCACGAGUGGUGCGAAAACAUGGAGUCCGUUUUAUAGUGCGUAAGUUCAAGCAUCGUUUAAUUAUUAUUCCAGGACUGUUGUUGAGCUUUAUUGUGAACUCGUUUAAACUCUUCUACUGGGUCCAUCUUGUUUUUAGAAGUACGUUCAAAGGUGUUUCUCCAGUGCCAGUAAACUGUUGUUGUAGUAGUUAGUUGAAGGCGUCUACGUCUUUGCCUGACAACUGGAUUGUUUAAAUCCACAUAGCUGCGCAUUCGCUGAUGUCAAACACAAAUGCAGCCAUGAAAUGACUGUUUCUACAUUUAUUCAAGUAAAAUAACUACACAUCACCAUCAGUCAAAGUUUGGAAUAAUUGUUGUCUUUUUUAAAGUGCCACUAUUAUGCAUUAAAAGGGGUAAUAUUUUGGUUUUGGGGGUCUCCAAAAACAGUCUGAUAUGCAUGCAAGGUCAAAAAAAAAACUUUCAUUGUCUUAUAAUAUGCACUUAUUUUUACCUAAUUAUCCAACGACUCCCAUAUGAUUCAUUCAGCGAUUCAUUUGUUCCCAAACCCCUCCUUAGCAUGAUGCUAAUCUGCGCUGAUUGGUCCUAUGACCCAGUCUAUUGUGAUUGGUUGACUGCGUUCAGCAUGAGUCAGAGAGAAAUGCCCACCACAGCUUAUCAACAAUUUUGAGGUAACGUAGAGUGCAGUGUAUGUGUGAGCCCAAUGCAGGAGUGCAUUAAAGCAAUGCAGGUAAACACCAGCAUAUUGCUUAUUCUUUUUGCAUAAGUAAAUAGUGACACACAUUCAGUUUUAAUCCACACAGUGGCAAAAGCUGAACUAUUUUGAAACUUGCUGUUCCUAUACACAUUCGCCGCAUGUGUAUAAGAACAGCUGAUGGUGGCCAUAGCAAUGACAAACGGCAGUGGAUCGCGAGCUCACAAAUGCGUUUCAAUCUGUAAACAAAGCAGCACACGCCGCGUUUUUAACGUGGUUUUAGACACGAUAUGAGAAUAUAAAGAGUUAACCUGAUACAGUACAAGCGGUUACAAGUAACAAAACACAUUUAAAUACAUAAUUUGCAAGCUAGAGAAAACAAGGAGGCAACCAUUUUAAUCGCAAGCACUUACACUUACUGAAAUGGAGGAAGAAACUGGUCCAU